AUGGCUCCUGAUGGUAUUCGUGCUCACUCCUGGUGUUUUGUGGCAUGCGGCAUGAUCGCAUUGUCUCCAUUUCAGUAUGGACUAGACUUUGGAAUCAUUGGAGGUCUGCAGGCAAUGCCUGGCUUUCUCGAGGUUUACGGUUACGAAGAUCGAGGCACAGCAAUUGGUUGGAAUAUCUCCACCACCCGACAACAGCUCAUAUCUUCGUUAAUGACGCUUGGAGCAUUCCUCAGCUCUGUGCUUGCCGGGUUGAUCGCAACCAAAUUAGGACGGAAGAUGUGCCUUUGGCUCUCUUCUAUACUCUGUAUUAUAGCCAACAUCCUCAUGAUGACCACAUCACACAUUGGCCUACUCUACUUUGGUCGCUUGCUCAUCGGUCUAGGCAACGGAGGUUUCAUGACCUUCUCUCAGCUUUACUUACAGGAGAGUAGUCCAGCAAAAUAUCGCGGACUGUUCCUUACUAUUUUCCAGUUCUGUGUAACAAUUGGUACCCUACUUGGCACGAUUAUAGACUGGGCGACUGCCCAGCGUCCUGACAGAUCAGCCUACUUGAUACCUCUGGCGACAAUUUACGUGAUACCGGUCCUCUUAGCCAUUGGUCUUUUCUUCAUACCCGAGUCGCCACGCUGGCUGAUUUUAGAGGGUCGUGUUGCUGCGGGUCGUAAAGCUCUCGAGUGGCUGAGACCCAACGAUGCAAACAUUGAAGAUGAAGUCACAGAGAUUCAAAAGUCAAUCCAAGAACAUCUCGAGUUGACAAAGACCGUUACUUUUUGGGACAUGUUCAAGGAUCGAGUGGACCGAAGACGCUCGAUGGUCUCUAUCGGUGCUGUAUGUCUACAGGCCGCAUCGGGAUCCAUGUUCAUCAUUGCGUAUAAAGCAUACUUUUUCUCCGUCGCCCAAGUCGAACACCCUUUUGCUAUGACAAAUGUCCUGUCUACGGCUGGUCUCCUGGCCAUUAUUGCAAAUGCUUUCAUCGUAGUUCGCUAUGGUCGCCGCCGGAUCAUGCUCACCAACGGUCUCGUCGUUUGUGGCUGUUUGCAACUCAUAAUGGCUGUGACUUACGACAAGCAACCACACACAAUUAAUGCGGGAAAGGUGCUCGUCGCGAUAUCUUGCAUUUUCAUGGUCGCUUUCAACGGAAUGGUAGCACCCUACUCCUGGAUGGUCGCCGGAGAAGCCCCAUCACAACGACUUCGCAGCUACACAUUUGGGGUUGCCUCGGCAUGUGGAUAUCUCCUGGCCUGGCUCGUCACUUUUACUACGCCGUACUUCAUCAAUCCGAGUGCCCUGAAUUGGGGCCCGAGAUACGGCUACAUUUGGUUCCCAUCUUGCAUCAUUGCAGCCUUGUGGGCCUUUUUCUUCCUCCCCGAGUUCAAGGGACGGACUCUCGAAGAAAUUGACACCAUGUUCAUCGAACAAUUGCCAGCAAGAAAGUUCCGGCGCUACGAAGUUCCAGGAAUUAUUCAUUCCAAGACUGUUGACACCCUGAAAGAUGAUGUCAAUGUCGCUCAGAUUGAAAUGGCGAAUCGUGCUUGA